AUGGCGACAACAACUGCUGUCUCUCUUACCACGCCGACGGGCCUCUCUUACCAGCAGCCCACUGGACUGUUCAUCAAUAAUGAAUUCGUAGCCGGAUCCGGUGGAGGCACCAUUGAUGUGAUAAACCCAGCAACCGAACAGAAAAUCUGCGCUGUCAGUGAAGCUCGCGAAAACGAUGUCGACAAGGCCGUGGCGGUUGCUCGAAAGGCCCUGAACGGCUCGUGGAAACUGACCACUCCCACCGAGCGAUCGCAAUACCUCUACAAGCUGGUUACAUUGAUGGAAGAGUCCCUGGAGAAGCUGGCGGCGGUGGAAUCUAUGGACAAUGGAAAGGCGAUCAACGGCGCCCGGGGCGACAUUGAAGGAGCAAUUGGUUGUCUCCGAUACUAUGCUGGGUGGGCAGACAAGAUCGAGGGUCGCGUUAUCGACACGAGUCCCACGAAUUUCAACUACACCCGACGCGAACCGAUUGGUGUGUGCGGUCAAAUUAUCCCAUGGAACUUCCCAUUGAUGAUGUGGGCAUGGAAGAUCGGACCAGCCAUUGCCUGCGGGAACACCGUGGUCAUCAAGACCGCCGAGGUCACGCCGCUGUCUGCACUGGUCGCUGCUGAGCUCAUCGUCCAAGCGGGAUUCCCUCCAGGAGUCAUCAACAUCAUCACCGGCUAUGGCAACAUUGCCGGGUCUGCUCUCUCUCGCCAUAUGGGCGUGGACAAAGUCGCGUUCACAGGAUCUACAGCCGUGGGCCGUCAGAUCCUGAAGGAUGCAGCAUCUUCCAACCUGAAGAAGGUCACGUUGGAGCUGGGCGGUAAAUCACCGAAUAUCGUCUUCAAUGACGCAAAUAUUGACCAGGCCGUUCCAUGGAUUCACAACGGAAUUUUCUCCAACAUGGGACAGAAUUGCUGUGCAGGCAGUCGGAUCUACGUGCAAUCUGGCAUCUACGACACAUUCGUCCAGAAGCUGAAAGAAAACGUUCAGCAACGAGUCAUUGGAUCCCCCGAGGACGAAAAGACCGCCCAUGGUGCCCAGGUCUCCAAGACUCAGCUGGAUCGUAUUCUCGGAUACGUCGAUUCCGGCAAAAAGGCCGGCGCCCAAGUCGAAAUCGGAGGCCAUCGAGUCGAUCGUCCGGGUUACUUCAUGGAGCCGACCAUCUUUUCCGGUGUCUCCAGCGACAUGGACAUCGUACGGGAAGAAAUCUUCGGUCCAGUAGGUGUAAUUGCAAAGUUCGACACGACGGAGGAGAUUGUCGAGGCCGCCAACGACACUGCCUACGGAUUGGCCUCCGGUAUUCACACCGAAAACCUCAAGACCGCCAUCGAGGUCUCUAACAAGAUCAAGGCGGGUACGGUGUGGGUCAAUCAGUACAAUGGAGUCCAUUGGCAGUUACCUUUCGGUGGCUUCAAGCAGUCGGGCAUUGGAAGAGAGCUGGGCGAAGAGGCGCUGUUCAACUACACCCAGACCAAGACGGUAUCGGUGAAUCUCGGUACUCCAGUGGUUUGA